AUGUCGACUUCUAUUAACGAAAACAAUCUCGAAAAAUACCCUCCCAACAAAACGAAUUAUGAAGAGGCAAAAGAUGAAAAGAAGGUCGAUCUAGGUCCCUCAGAUACCAGCGCUGAAGGAGAACUUUAUGAAUUGGAACCAGAGAAGGAAGGGUUUUUCCGAGGCAUUAUCAACGAUUUUAAACCUGCAACAUCUGUCAGAGAUGACGGUGUCGGCUUGAAAAGAAGCCUGAAAGGACGACACAUGCAAAUGAUUGCCAUUGGUGGUGCCAUUGGUACAGGUCUUUUCGUAGGUUCUGGUAGUUCCCUUGCUACUGGUGGGCCUGCUUCGGUCAUUAUUAAUUAUACCUUGAUUGGUAUCAUGAUGUUUUGUACGGUCUACGCUUUAGGUGAAUUGGCUGUCGCUUAUCCGCUAGCCGGUGGCUUUUACACAUAUUGCAUGCGUUUUAUCGACCCUGGUUGGGGCUUCGCUUGCGGUUGGAACUAUUUUUUUAAUUAUUUUGUCACUUUUCCUUUAGAAUUAACCACUUGCGCUAUCACUUUUAAAUAUUGGACGGAAAUUAAUAGUGCUGCUUGGAUUAGUAUUUUUCUAGUCUUAAUUAUUUUUGUCAAUCUGUUUGGUAUUAAAGGUUAUGGUGAAGUCGAGUUUGUCUUGUCGACAGUUAAGGUGAUUGCUACUACCGGAUUCAUUAUUUUGGCAAUCAUUAUCAACUGUGGUGGUGUACCUACCGAUGACAGAGGUUAUAUCGGUGGUAAAAUUAUUUCACAUCAACCCUUCCGACACAGCUUCAAAGGCUUUUGUUCUGUGUUUACCACAGCCGCUUUUUCGUUUUCAGGUACCGAAGCUGUCGGUCUAGCAGCUGCUGAGGCUGAAAACCCGAGAAAGUCCUUACCCCACGCUACACGCCAAGUUUUCUGGCGUAUUGCCAUUUUCUAUGUUGUCGGUUUGCUUAUGGUUAGUUUAUUGGUUAGUCCUGAUGACCCUGAAUUGAUGAAUAACAGCAGUGGUGCCAGUGUUUCUCCAUUCGUGCUUGCUAUCAGAGAAGCUGGAAUUAAAGGACUUCCUUCUGUGUUUAAUGCCGUUAUUAUUAUUUCCGUUAUUUCAGUCGCCAAUUCUUGUACUUAUAUCGCAAGCCGUACCUUGCACGCCCUUGCUAUUAACAAGAAUGCGCCUUCCUUCUUUUCUUAUACCGAUCGAUUGGGUCGUCCUUUAAUGGCCAUGAUUGUGGUCCUCUCUUUUGGAUUCUUGGCUUAUAUUAAUGAAGCCAAAGAUAAAAGUACUACCGUAUUCAAUUGGUUGCUUUCUAUCUCUGGUCUUUCGAGCUUCUUUUCUUGGGGUAGUAUUAACUUGUGCCAUAUUAUCUUUAGACUUGCUAUGAAAAAGCAAGGUCGUUCUUUGGAUACUCUUGGUUUUGUGUCCCCUAUGGGUAUCUGGGGCUCAUGUAUCGGUUUGGGCUUCAACAUUUUAUGUUUAAUUGCUCAAUUUUAUGUAUCACUUUUUCCUAUCGGCGGUAAGCCUAACGCAAGUAGCUUUUUCCAAGGUUACUUGGCAGCUAUCGUGGUCAUCACCUUUUUUAUCGGUUACAAGAUUUAUGACAGAAGUUAUAUUCGAUCUUUAAAUGACAUCGAUUUGGAUACAGGCUUGCAUACUUUUGAGGAUCUUUUGGAUGAUGAAAAGCCUAAGGAUGCCAAAGGACGUGUAAAACAAGUUCUGCAUAGUAUUUGUUAA